CUUUAAUAUAUAUGCUUGAAAAUUGAAAACCCAGAAAUUAUAUUUUUCUGGGGUUUUGAUUUCUAAGCAGAUUCAUUUGAAUCCUGGGGGUACUGAUGGAAGAAGCCAAAGAUCCAUCAUCAUCUUCUUCUAUAAGCCGCGGAGGGCAUUUUAGGGGUUUGCCAAAUAGGCUGGUGCAGUUACUGGUGCUGUUCUUGGUUCUUUGUUUAUCUUUUUCUGUGGUUAGUGUUUAUAUGAUCAAGCAUUAUGGUAUAGUGUAUGAACCUUUGAAGCCUAGUUUAGAUUCAUCGUGUGUCGUCAUAAAAGAGCUCAAAAAAGAGCCCAAUGAUUUGGAGCAUUGGAUCAAGCCUCCAUCCAACUUGAUGCACACAAUGACAGAUAAAGAGCUGUUUUGGAGGGCGUCGUUGAUGCCUAGGGUAAAAGAGUAUCCCUUCAAGAGGGUACCCAAGAUUGCCUUUAUGUUCUUGACUAAAGGGCCAUUGCCAUUAGCUCCCCUUUGGGAAAGGUUCUUUAAGGGAAACGAGGGGAAGUUCUCGGUUUACGUGCAUUCUUCGCCAUCCUUUAAAGCCCAGUUCCCACCCAAAUCGGUUUUCUACGAGAGACAGAUACCCAGUCAGGUGGCAGAAUGGGGAAAAAUGAGCAUAUGUGAUGCCGAGAGAAGACUUCUCGCGAACGCGCUACUCGAUAUCGCAAACGAAUGGUUCAUUCUCCUAUCCGAAUCGUGCAUUCCCCUCCGAAACUUCACACUCAUUUACACCCACAUAAAGAGAUCGAAGCACAGCUUCAUCGGGUCAUUUGAUGACCCGGGCCCGUACGGGCGUGCCCGGUAUGACCCAAACAUGUUGCCCGAGGUGAACAUCUCCCAAUGGAGGAAAGGCUCCCAAUGGUUUGAGAUCGACCGAAACCUCGCCCUCUACAUAGUAGAGGACGUCACUUUCUACCCGAAGUUUUCGGACUUCUGCACCCCGCCGUGUUACGUGGACGAGCACUACUUCCCGACCAUGCUCGCGAUCAAAGCGGCGAACCGGUUGGCCAACCGAAGCCUCACGUGGGUCGACUGGUCGCGGGGUGGGGCCCACCCCGCAACCUUCGGGAGGUCCGAUAUCACCGAGGCAUUCGUGAAGAGAAUGCUCGGAGGCCACAGGUGCGUGUACAACGGGCGAAAUUCGUCGGUUUGCUUUCUCUUCGCGAGGAAAUUCGCUCCGAGUGCAUUGGAACCUCUCUUCACUUUAGCUCCAAAAUAUUUGGGGUUCUGAUGGAAUAGAGAGAGAUCUGAAUAUAACUUUCAAUUAUAUUCUUUUUGUUUUGUUUUUUUUCAUUGUUAAGUUAUCCAUAUUGGCAUAAGAAUAUAAGAUUAGAAACAAACCAAGAAGAUACAGAGUAUUAGACCUUUUUUUAUUUUUAAAAAUAGGAUGAUUUUUGCUAGUCGUGUCUUUUGCACCAAUUU